AGGCACAGCGCGGCAUUCACAGGCAUCCAUCCCCGCGUUCCGCGUCUGUCCGCGUCACGUCACCCGUUGUUGAUCCGCGUCAUUGGUGUGCAUUGGCGUGCCACCAGUGCCAGCGAUCGUGUCGUUCAGUGCCGUUGGGGCGUGCUUCCGAAGAGUCGCGGAUCGAACGUGGAGUAGCGUAAGACAAAAUUGGUGCGAGUGACAGACCUCAAGUUUUUUUCUUGGGUGCGCUUGUCGCAUAGGAGACUCGUGUCUUUCGUGGUGGGAUAGAGGACGAUUCCUAAGUGCAAGGCGAUGAUACGAUGACCGCUCUCGGGUGUCUCGUGUACGCAUUCGCCGUCGCUACGGCGAGCUCGCUCGCGUACGCCUAUGACGACGAGUGCAUCUUUCCUCUUUUGGAUAGAGCUCAACUAACAGCGACAACUUCCUUGUCAGAAAGAGGAGCAAACAACGCUAGAAUAAAUGGUGGAUCCUAACACGUAGCCUGGAGAGUAUCUCAAACCAAAUAUUUUCAAAAGCAUUGCUUUUAUAGUCAGAGACAUAUAAUUUAAAAAUAUACCAAUUGUGAUUCCUAGUUAAAGAGUGCCAUAGGUUGUACAAUUAAGCGAUUUGAAUGAUUAUGCUUAGUACCAAUAUCGUUAAAAUGUCGUCAGUCAUUCGUUGGGCAUUUAAUUGGAAAAAGUGGAAUCCAAGUGAGCAAGAGUUCGAGCAUGCGAUUUCUUGUAUACAAAGUGACGAGAAGGACAGGCUGAAGAGAUUUGUAUUUCGUAAGGAUGUCCGAGCUUCCCUCGUAGGCAGAUUAUUAAUGAGAAAGUUUGUGAACGAAUAUGCUGGUCUUCCAUAUGACAAAAUUACUUUUGUCAGAGACGAACGUAACAGACCUGUGUUAAAAGAUAAUUCCAUGACUGUGAAUUUUAAUAUUUCUCAUCAAGGUUCCUAUACGGUAUUAGCGGGCGAGAUUGGCAACGUACAAAUAGGUGUAGAUGUUAUGACAUUAGAUAACAAGAAUAAAAACGUUUCCGAUUAUUUUUGUUUAAUGGAUAGAAAUUUCUCUCCAUCCGAGUGGAAGGAGAUUAGAGACCCAGGUAAAUCGGAAGCGGAACAAAUGUCUAUGUUUCAUAGACACUGGGCAUUAAAAGAAAGCUACGUUAAAGCGCUUGGCGUGGGGAUUUCCGUUGACCUAAAGAGUAUAGAUUUUCGGACGAAUUCGGAAUUAAGUGAAGAUUCGAUUACAAGCGAUACAGUCUUAUAUGUCAAUGGAAUCAAGCAAGAUUGGUUGUUUGAAGAAACCUUACUCGAUUCACGACAUUGCGUUGCUGUGGCAUUACAAGAAAACGAUAAUUCAUUACGAUUACGCAAUACCCCGUUUGAGAUAAUGAAUUACGAUAAUCUUAUGGCACAUGCAGUUCCACUCUUUCCAAUAGAUCCGCAAUACACAGUCGAAUAUUUUGCAAAAGACGAACAGCCGUAGUUUUAUUUUGUUCAACUAUUUUUAAGAUAAUAUUGCACAAUACCUGGUGAAAAAUAAUAAUAUGUAUUUCUUAAUAUGUCAGAAAAAGAUGGAUAUUAUACAUUGUAUAUCAGUUUAAUUACAAAAUAAUAAAAGGAAUACUUUACUAAGGAA